CGAUAGGAAUUCUCCAAUAGUAAAAACUGUAAACUAGCAACCCUCCGAUUGCUAACAUAAAACUGCAGACGGUGGUAAGCAAUCGAUAGCCAUCUUUCAUUUCAUUCUUUUGAGGUUAUCUUUUCCUUAUCUCAAAAAAUCGCCGAGUAUGGUCGCGCCUUAAAUGUUGAUGUGCCGUUGUCACGUUUUUAAUUGUAAAUUCGCGAUCAAAUGAAUUAACCGGAAUUCAUUGUUUCGUCUGUCGAUUAUGAUCUUUCGCCGUAAAUUAGUGAAAAAUGAGGAGGUGCGAUAGUCACAUAAUUCCCGUCAGUGAGGAGUUUUCGAGGGUGUUUUUGAGUUAUCAUUUUCAGUGAUAGGAUGAAUCUCUUCUCGGAUGUAAUGUUGAUUGUACAUCUGCUGAUUUCUUUUUGCUGCGAUUAGUUAAUCGUACAAUGGGGGCGAAUAUAUCACAAUUGGAAAGAGAUAUUGGGUCUGAUCAAUUUCCACCAAAUGAACACUACUUUGGUUUGGUUAACUUUGGGAACACCUGUUAUAGCAAUUCUGUGUUACAAGCUUUAUACUUCUGUCGGCCGUUUAGAGAGAAAGUAUUAGAAUACAAAGCUAGAAAUAAAAGAACCAAAGAAACUCUGUUGACGUGCUUGGCAGAUCUUUUCUACAGUAUCGCAACGCAGAAGAAAAAGGUCGGCUCGAUAGCACCAAAAAAGUUUAUUGCGAGGCUAAGAAAAGAAAAAGAGGAGUUCGACAAUUAUAUGCAACAGGAUGCUCAUGAAUUUCUCAACUUCCUAAUAAAUCACAUCAAUGAAAUUAUUUUAGCAGAAAGAAAUCAAAGUAAAGCGACUGGAGAGAAAGGGGGCGGAGAGGAUAUUGGAUCUUCCCCAGAACCCACCUGGGUUCACGAAAUAUUUCAGGGGAUUCUGACUUCGGAAACUCGCUGCCUUAAUUGUGAGACUGUAUCUAGCAAGGACGAGGAUUUUUUCGAUUUGCAAGUCGAUGUGGAUCAAAAUACAUCUAUUACGCACUGUCUGAAAUGUUUCUCGAAUACCGAGACCCUCUGCAGUGAUAAUAAAUUCAAGUGCGACAACUGCAGCAGUUACCAAGAGGCUCAGAAACGGAUGAGGGUGAAAAAACUUCCGAUGAUUCUAGCUUUGCAUUUAAAGAGAUUUAAAUACGUCGAACAAUAUAAUAGGCAUAUUAAAGUAUCUCAUAGAGUAGUGUUUCCCCUCGAACUUAGGCUCUUCAAUACAAGUGAUGAUGCCGUUAAUCCAGAUCGAUUAUACGAUUUAGUUGCGGUUGUGAUACACUGCGGAAGCGGACCUAACAGGGGACACUAUAUUUCUAUAGUCAAGAGUCACGGGUUUUGGCUUCUCUUCGACGACGAUAUGGUCGAUAAAAUUGAUGCUUCAACAAUCGAGGAUUUUUAUGGACUAACAUCUGACAUUCAGAAAAGUUCGGAAACCGGAUAUAUCCUCUUUUACCAGUCGAGGGACUGUAGUUGAGAACUUAAAGAGUCAUAAAGAAGGUAACUCCAAGCCAACUCUCCAACUGUAAUUAUUCAAUUGAUGAAGAAACUUCUGUCUUCGAAUGUUGAGAAGCUUUAGUCGUAAACAUCCGAGAAGCGAAUAGAAGAAUAUCUUCCCUUCUUGCGUCGAGAAUAGUCGGUCAGAAAUAAUUGUCGACGCGAGUAAAACUGGUUCGAUUUAAAGGCUUUAGGUCGACGAUUCUAAUGAAUUGGAUUCUAUGAAUCUGAUAAUUUUUGCUAACGAGCAGCGCGAGUUUUAUUAAUUAUUGUUUAAUCGUGUAAAUGUGUACAAUUUUUACUUUCGCACGAAUGGCCAAACAUUUUCAGUGCAGCAGAUGUCGAGUGAUUCGGUCCUGUUUAAUUAUAAAUUUUACGUAAUAAUUAUGAUGUGGCAUGCAUUUAGAUUCUGCUCGAAUUACACCAAGUGUUUUUAGGGACAGGUUUAACAAGUGAAUGCAGAAAUCACAUUUAUGCGGAGAAACGUAUAAAAAGGGACUAGUAGUUAAUAAUAAAUGUACAGUACGCAAAUGAUGAAGAUUCAGUUUAACGCGUUACUUAACCGUUCGAAGGAGCUUUCCAUUCGAAUCCGAGAUUUGUAAAAAGGAAUAUACAGCCUUAUUUGUAUGUUUUUAACGCAAACACUAUCUUUUUGUUUUUCCAUUGUUGGAUAUGUUGAGUUUUAACAAUAAAAGUAAAAAGAUUAUCUUA